AUGGGCAAUUUUCCCUUCCAGACAUAUCUCCUAUGGUUGGGAGCUUUAGGCGCAACAGCUCAAUCACCCCAUCGACAACAAGAACCAAUAAACGAUCAUUACAAGUACGCGGAAGCAUGUCCGGAUUACAAGAAAUAUUCUACCUUUAGACAUGGGCCAGUAUCAACUGGCCCCAUGGAAUUGCCUUUCCAAAGGCCUGUCGAGCAAUGUCGGACAUUUUCCUCUCCUUUGGUGGAGAAGGUUAUCAAUGAUAUGUCACUUAAGAUGAUUGACAAGGACCUGGCACGACUAUUCGAAAAUGCUUUUCCCAAUACCCUCGAUACGACUGUGCGAUGGCAUGUAGAUGGAACUAGAAAACAUACGGAAUUGAAAGCUCGGGAUGUGCGGGACAGUCAGAAAUGGCAGGGAGCUCAAUCAUUUGUGGUUACUGGAGAUAUCAAUGCAGAAUGGCUCAGAGAUUCUACAAACCAAUUGCUUCAAUAUCAACCUUUGGCAAAGAAGGAUCCAGCUAUCUUCAAUUUAAUAUUGGGAGCUAUCAAUACACAAGCAGAAUAUGUUGUUCAAUCACCAUAUUGUAAUGCAUUUCAACCCCCUCCGCCCUCGAAGCUUGCCGCAACAGAAAAUGGACAAGAUGAUGUUGUUCACCCUGCAUAUGAACCUUCUUUUGUCUUCGAGUGCAAAUACGAACUAGAUUCCCUUGCAAAUUUCCUAGCUAUUGGAAACUCCUUCUAUAACCACACCGGGUCGACCGACUUUAUCACCCCGCGGUGGUUAACAGCACUCGACACUGUUCUUAUGGUCCUCGAACAACAAUCUGAAUCUACCUUUGAUUCAAAAACUAGUCAUUUCCAACGUAAUGCUUACACUUUCAGCCGUCGCACCGAGCAGGGAACUGAAACUUUACCAUUAUCGGGUGUUGGCAACCCUUUGAACUACGGAACGGGUCUGAUACGAAGCGCAUUUCGUCCUUCAGAUGACACUACGAUCCUGGGGUUUUUCAUCCCUGCCAAUGCAAUGAUGUCCGUUGAACUGAAGCGUACCGCCGAAGUGCUCAAAGCAGCCAAACGCUCCGAUUUAGCUCAAACCCUCGAGAAGCGCGCACAAAGUAUCAAAGACGGCAUCAUGAAGCACGCCGUUGUACAACACAAAAAAUGGGGCAAAGUGUUUGCCUACGAAGUAGAUGGUUAUGGCGGCCAAAUACUCAUGGACGAUGCAAAUGUUCCUAGUCUCCUCUCCCUCCCAAUCCUUGGUUUCCUCAAACAUGACGACGAAAUCUACAAAAAUACUCGAAAGAUGCUUUUAUCCAAAGAUGGUAAUCCGUAUUACCUCGAAGGCAGAGCAUUUAGAGGGAUAGGAGGUCCACAUAUCGGCCCUGAAAAUGCAUGGCCUAUGUCUCUACUCCUACAAGCCAUGACGACCGACGACGACGAGGAGAUCAUGGAUUGUUUAAGUUUAGUCCUGAGAGCGAGCAAGCUGGGAUUGAUUCAUGAGAGUAUUAAUGUAAAUCGUUUACAUGAAUAUACGAGGAGUUGGUUUGCCUGGGCAAAUUCUGUCUUCGCUCAAACAAUCCUCGAUCUUGCGAAACGGAAACCACAUCUUUUGUUUGGGGAAGGAGCGGAUCCUUAUGUGAUUGAAACUUGA